GGCGCCCCUGCCGGGCUGCAGGGAGUCACGGGCAGUCGGUCCCGCGCCCCCUCGUCGUGCCGGUGGCCCGCGGGCCGUGUGGCGCUGUCCGCCAUGGUGGACUACUACGAGGUGCUGGGCGUGCCUCGCCAGGCCUCGUCCGAGGCCAUCAAGAAGGCGUACCGCAGGCUGGCGCUCAGGUGGCACCCCGACAAAAACCCCGAGAACAAGGAGGAGGCGGAGAGGCGAUUCAAGCAGGUGGCCCAGGCCUACGAGGUGUUGUCCGACGCCAAGAAGAGAGACGUCUAUGACCGCUACGGCGAGGCCGGAGUGGAGGGCUGUGGCGGCGGCGGUGGUCAUGGUGGCGCCGACGGGCCCUUCCGCACCCCCUUCGAGUGCGUCUUCAGCUUCCGCGACCCCGCCGAGGUCUUCAGGGAGUUCUUCGGCUGCCGGGACCCGUUUUCGUUUGACUUCUUCGGGGACCCACUAGGGAACAUCAUGGACGGUCAGAGGAGCUCCUGGGGAAGCAGAAGCAGGGGGACCGAACCCUUCUUCACCGCCUUCAGUGAAUUCCCAGCAUUUGGGGGCGGGUUUUCUUCUUUUGAUACGGGAUUUGGUUCCUUUGGUUGCCUGGGGAAUGGAGGCCUUUCUUCCUUCUCCAUGUCGACUUCCACCGAAUUCGUCAAUGGCAAAAAAAUCACCACCAAGAGAAUCAUUGAGAAUGGCCAAGAAAGGGUGGAGGUGGAAGAAGACGGAGAGUUAAAGUCCCUCAUAAUAAAUGGCAAAGAGCAGUUGCUCCGCAUCGACACCAAGUAAUUCCAGUCCAAGUUUAGUUUAAAGCACACUGUGAGGAGUAGCAGGACUUUUUUUUUUUUUAAUUGCAAGUGAACUCUUACUUUCAGAACAACUGUACUGAAGAAUUUAUAAACAGUUCAUGCCAAUGCCUAUUUCUUGUUAUUGUUGGGACCAUACGAGUUAAGACCGUCUGUCUUCAGAACUUGUUGUAAAUACCUGUAUGUGCUUUGCUGUUUAUUAAACGUAAUCCCGAGGCA